GGAAGGAUGAAGUCGAGUGAUUGUUCUGCGUCGCGGUCAUAAACAAAUCUUGAAAACAAAUAUACGGAAAGUGUUUAAAAAAUACAGAUUUUCUUUAUAAUCAUAGUGACAUUCAUGUGAGGAAACAUGAAGAUAUUAUACACAAUUUGUUCUGUGUGCAUAUUGGCAAUGCACAUAAAUUGCCAGCUUCGUCAAGGAAACCAACAAAGAAAGGGUCUCAAUCCUCUAAACGAUGACAGUACAGCAAUACGUUAUUCCACAGAAAGUUCUUACGACAAAUAUAUUCAAGAUCUAUUGAACAGUAUACAAACUACCAGAUCUACACAAAGCAGCAACACUAUUAACAAUAUACCAGUCAAUGAAAUUCCGCAAGCAAAUUAUAAUUACGCUAACGACAGAGUUAAUGGAAUCCAGGACGAGGCGUCUCCAAUAGCUCUUAAUCCAAUAAGAUUUAUGGGUGUUGGUAGCACUGAGGUGGAGCAAUUGAACAAUAUAACGUAUGCUAUCACGACCUUCGGAAUUAAUUUAAUGAAGAGUAUAAAUUAUUUGCAAACCGGUAAUAUUAUAGUCUCGCCGACAUCUAUCGCGACUGUUUUGGCGCUUCUCCAGCAAGGUACCUUUGGUGAUGCGCAAAAUCAAAUUACAAGGUCCUUGCAAACGCCUCCCGAGGUAUCAGCACCCACAUAUAAAAGGCUCACUUAUGAUAUGAAAAAACGAAACUCGAGAAACAUCCUAACUGUUUCAAAUAACCUAUUCGUAGGUGAUGGCUUUGAUAUGAACCCUGACUUCAAAGAGACUGCCGUCGAGAAUUUCGGAAGCGAAGUUACAACCAUGGACUUUUCGAGACCUGCAUGGGCUGUUAACCAAAUUAAUAAAUGGGUUGCUAUCCAAACUCACAAUAGGAUUGAAAACCUUUUACCACCUAAUGCAGUUGGCAUCAACACUCAGUUGGUAAUAGCAAAUGCAGUGUAUUUCAAAGGACUGUGGGAGACUAAAUUCAAAAAAGAAGCAACAAAAAAACUGACAUUCAAUUUGAGUAACGGAGAAACCAAAUCUGUGCCGUUCAUGCGUAUGCGGCAUGGAUUUAAAUUUGGUAUUGAAGAGGAUACCAGGGCACGGGUCGUGGUAAUGCCUUUUGAGCGUCAUCAAUACUCAUUAAUUUUGAUAUUGCCACAUCAAUUGUCUUCUGUGGAUACUAUUUUGGGCUCUCUGACUAAUGCCAAGCUAGUGAGUUACCACAAAUUUGAAGAAAUCGAAACACAACUGGAAAUACCGAAGUUUACUAUGAAAUCGGAUACUAAUCUGAUCCCUGUUCUGAAAGUGAUGGGUAUAACAGAAAUAUUUUCACAGAAAACCGACCUGACGCGUAUCGGUACAUAUCGCACUUUUUCGCCAGAGAUCACCAGUGCUAUACACACGGGCUAUCUCUCCGUCGACGAGCAGGGUCUGUCAGCGUCGGCUGCAACUGGUUUCGCAGCGGUGGCUUUAUCUUAUGACGAUCCAUCAGCGACUUUCCGUGCUAACAGACCGUUCUUAGCUAUUCUAUGGGAUACGCAGUUUGCCAUACCAUUAUUCAUAGCUAGGAUUGAAGAUCCGUCACUGUAAUACGUAAUUUUGAGGGAUAAUAAUAAAUUUUAUAUUUGUUUAUUAUAAAUAUUGUGCUGUAAUAUUAUUCAUUAUUUACUAGCCUGGGGCGUAAAUUUAAACCUCAUAGCUUUUUUGGUGUAACGUUCGUAGUCGUAGUUACUGUAACUGUGAACGUAACACUUGCCUUACCAAGUAAGGAGCUAUUUCCAUGACUUAUGAUAGUCCUUUUUUUAGUUUUGACACCAAAAAAUUCUUCUUACUUGCUCUGUUAAAACAGUUCACCUUUAUUCGUUGCUAGAAUGAAGGAUCAGACAUUUGAUACCAUUUUGUUGUUAAUUUUGAUACCGGUUAAUUAUAUUACAAUUCUUGUUUGUUAUUUAUAAUUUGGGCUUUAAUAUCAUUUUUAAGUAGAUCGGGCAAUAAGUUAAAUUUUAUUGUAGUACUAGUUUAAGAGUUAUAUAAGAUCUGUUCUGUCUGGGAAAUCAAUUGUUGCCUUGCCAAUUUAUUAGCAAUUUCCUUGUCUUGUGACUAUAAAUUCUUAGAUAUUAUGUGGGUAGUUGACUUGCCAUACUAUCGCUCGUCGCAAAGAUUGAGAAUGCAACAGUAAUAUUUAAGUUUUGUAUACUUUUUUAUUAAAAUUUUCAUCAUUCUG